AUGGCAACAUCUUCACCUUCCACCCACCCAGAUCUCGGCCGCAUUAUUAAACCAUGGCAAGCCGGGCCUCAAAAAACAUACAUCCUCACGAACGCCAACGUAGUCGACCCUGUCAGUGGAGAGAUCACCAAAAAUGCCACCGUCACCCUCUCCGGCGGCCUCAUUUCCUCCGUCGGCGCCGAACGACCCAAUACUGACGACGCCAACGGCAUCCGCAUCGACCUCCAGGGCAAUUAUCUAUGCCCUGGCCUCAUCGAUAGCCAUGUGCACAUAGCUGCUGUGCCCGGAUCAGCCAGCCUGCGCGACAUGAAAGACCUUAGUCCCAGUCUCAGCCUUCUCCGCCAGCCAACCGUCUGCCAGUCCAUGCUGGACCGAGGCUUCACCACCGUCCGCGAUUGCGGCGGGGCGUCUCUCGCACUGAAGGAGUCGAUUGCGGACGGCGUUUUCCCCGGCCCACGACUCUUCAUCGCCGGUCAUGCACUGUCGCAGACGGGGGGGCACGGCGAUCGGCGCGGCCAGCACGAUCCCAACGAAUGCUGCGCGGGGCAUGUCAACGGCAUCGGACGGGUCGUCGACGGGGUCGAGCAGUGUCUGAAGUACGCCCGGGAAGAGAUCCGACAAGGCUCCGACUUUCUGAAGAUCAUGGGCGGCGGCGGUGUCGCCAGCCCGUCGGAUCAGAUCCAGCAUCUCCAGUUCUCGAACGAGGAGAUCCGAGCCAUUGUCACGGUGGCCGAGAACAUCGGCACGUAUGUCACAUCGCACGCGUAUACCCCGCAGGCCAUCCAGCAGGCCGUCCGCGAGGGCGUCAAGGGCAUCGAGCAUGGGAAUCUGCUCGACGAAGAGACAGCCCGGCUGAUGAAGGAGAAGGGCGUCUUCCUCACGCCGACGCUGGUGACGUACGCGACGAUGGACUCACCCGAGUUCCGCGGGUUCCUGCCCCCGGCCUCUGCGGAGAAGAACAGGGAGGUGCUGCAUAAGGGGCUGCAGGCGCUGAAGCUGGCGAGCGACGUCGGCGUGGAUGUGUGUUUUGGAACGGAUCUCCUGGGCCCGCUCCACUUUGCGCAGAGUAGGGAGUUCUCGAUCCGGAGUACUGUGCAGACGCCCCUUCAGAUCUUGCAGUGUGCUACUGUGACGCCUGCGCGAAUGCUGCGACAGGAGGGCUUUCUUGGUCGGGUGGAGGUGGGGUUUGCGGCGGAUUUGGUGGUCUUGAAUGAAAAUCCGUUGCAUGAUAUUACGGUGUUGGAUCGGUUCGAUCGCCAUCUUCUGGCGACGAUCAAGGACGGAAGGGUGGUGGCUUCGAGGUGGAGUCAACUUCCUGUCGAGGGACGAUGA